UCCGGGCCUUCCGUGCAAACCAAAUCUCAACGAAACAUUGCCGCCUCCCCCUGACCGCGCCCCACUCCCCAGACGCCGUCGCCUAGAUCCAUGAGACUUCCCGAUCUUCCUGCGGCCCGAGGAUGUCCCAGAGCGACGUCGACUACAGUUGCGGAUCUUGUGGAUACCCUCUAAACCUUUCAUCUUCUAACCGAAGCACAUCUGAAGUAGGCUCAUAUAAGAAGUCUCUGAAGAAAGGACUGAUUUCAUUCAUUUCUGUUGAUCUCAGCCGAUUUACUCAGGUGGACGAGGUAUCUUGCUUUCCCCUCACCUGGCGUGGUUACAGGCCAAAAACUAAGCUUCUGUGCCGAAUAUGUGGGGCAUCUAUUGGCUACGGAUACGGUGAGCCGGCUGUUUUGUGUAGUUUUGAUCCAGCAAGUUCAUCUUCCUCCAGUACAUCCCAGAAGUAUUUAAUAAAGAUCCAAGCACUCCAACCUUCAGACAGGACUCAGUAAGUGAAAUAUGGAAAGAGAGGAAAUAGGUGUCAGCCUAGAGAACUCCAUCAGUUACCUAUCUGAUGAUUGCUUGCUUUCUAUAUUUAACAAGCUAGAAAGCGGGUCAGAGAGGAGUGCUUUCGGUUUAACUUGCAAGAAUUGGUUCAAGGUUCGGAACCUUGGCCGGAAAUCACUAACAUUCCAUUGUUCUUUUAAUCCUGCCAUAGACAAGGAGCAUGCCAAGUGCAUCCCCAAGAUACUGGCUCACUCACCUUGUCUGAACCGGAUAUCCCUUGCUGGGCUCACAGAGCUACCUGACUCGGCUUUGAGCACGCUGAGAGUGUCUGGAUCAUCUCUAAAAUCCUUUUCAUUGUACUGCUGUUCUGGCAUAACAGAUGAUGGUCUAGCACAGGUGGCGAUUGGGUGCCCUAAUUUGGUGGUGGUUGAACUUCAAAGCUGCUUCAACAUUACAGAUGCUGCCUUGGAAAGUCUUUCAAAAGGCUGCCGUGGUUUGAAGAGUCUAAACCUUGGUUCUUGCAUGGGCAUUACAGACCAAGGGGUUUCUGCAAUCUUCAGCAAUUGUCCAAACAUCUGCACGCUAAUCGUUACAGGUUGCAGGCGUCUGUCCGGUGCUGGAUUCAGAGGUUGUUCAAGUUCAUUUCGUUACCUUGAAGCCGAGUCUUGCAUGCUUUCUCCAGACGGUUUGUUGGAUAUAGCUAGUGGCAGUGGACUCAAGUAUCUGAACUUGCAGAAGUUAAGAAGCUCCACUGGUCUGGAUGGCCUGGGUAACCUUGCGCUCGCUAAAAGCCUCUGCAUUCUGAAUCUCAGGAUGUGUCGCUACCUCACAGACGAUUCCGUGGCAGCAAUAGCCAGUGGGUGCCCGUUGCUCGAGGAGUGGAACCUUGCUGUUUGCCAUGGGGUCCAUCUACCUGGCUGGUCUGCGAUCGGGCUGUACUGCAGUAAGCUAAGAGUGCUGCAUGUGAACCGCUGCCGGCACAUCUGCGACCAGAGCUUGCUGGCCCUCGGCAAUGGCUGUCCGCGCCUUGAAGCUGUGCAUAUCAAUGGCUGUGCCAAGGUCACCAACAAUGGCCUGGCCUUGUUUACCCUUUCCAGGCCCCACGUGAACCUAAGGGUGUAUGAAGUUAUGUCCAUUGGCCCUUCCAUUGAGAAUUUGUUCCGGUUGCAUUGAGGUGAAAUUGUUAGUUAGGUUUUCGAAGUUUGGGAUUAAAAGUAUAAUACCCUGUCCAUUACAGGUGAUUGGUUUCUUCAGUCAAUUAUGCACAGUGUGUUUGCUCUGGUGCUUACUGUAAGAUAACAAUAGCGAAUAUGUUGUUAGUUAAGCUGCUGUUUUGUCAAGGCCAUAUUUGUCAAUCCUUCGUUCACAAAGUUAGGUAGCAUUAAUAGAGUUUGACAAACAUUUUAUC